AUAUGGUGUGAUAAAGAAUAAAAAUGAAAUCUGUGGUCCUCACCCACAUAAGUCUUUCUCCUUUCUCACCCAUUUAUCAACCUCUCUUCAGUUUUUUCUCUCUCUUCUUCAUCGAUCUUGUUUUUCUGUCUUUUCUUUAACAUUAAUUAUGUCAACAAGCAAAGCUGAGGGAAAGAGAAGCUUGAAGGAGAUGGAAGAUGAGGAGGAAGAGGAAGACGAGGAAGACUGUGUUGGUGGAUUAGGGUUUGGAGAUGAUGAUAAAAAGAAGAAAAACAAGAAAGGAUCUAUUGGCAGUGGUUCAAUGCCGCCAGUUUCUUGUCAGGCAGAUAAUUGCACUGCUGAUAUGACCGACGCCAAGCGAUACCACAGACGCCAUAAAGUGUGUGAGUUCCAUGCCAAAGCUCCUCUCGUCGUCGUUGCUGGAAUCCAGCAACGCUUUUGCCAGCAAUGUAGCAGGUUUCAUGGGUUGUCGGAGUUUGACGACAACAAAAGAAGUUGCAGGAGGCGUUUAGCAGGACACAAUGAAAGGCGCAGAAAAAGCUCAUCGUCGGAGUAUCAUGGAGAAACCUUCAAUUGAGGAUUUUAAAUUAUCACUCACUGCUCACUGCCGAAUUGGAGAGGUAUAGGCUUACGAACAAAAGAGGGAGAAAAUUACAUUUGUUUCCCAAUAAAGUAUGCCUCUUCCAACCAUAUUUAGAACGGUCAUAGAUCUAAAUAUGUUACAUGCUGCUCUCUCUCUUCUGUCAACUUAACUAUGUGUACAACUUUCACUUGCUCUUAUUCAAUAAUCUCAGUGGUGGGUAUUAUUGCAAAA